AUGCCGCCACCAUCUCCCGCAUCUCCUUCUCUGGUCACUCGUGUCUGGCAUACGUGGAAAUCCCUCAACCUUCCGUGGCGAAAACAGUUCCUGAAGGGCAGCGAUCUGUCUGGCAACACAUUUUGGGAAUUUAGAGAUGCACUUAAUGCGAACCGGAUGAGGAGGAUCGUGAAGCAUGCGAAAGGGAGGCAUGUCAGCUAUUCGGAUGUGAAGAUUUCUCCACAAUGGCACCAAUGGCUUCGCCACACAAGAGACGAACCUCCAACCCUUCCAGAACAACACGCCGAAAUUGCCCGUCAAGGACGAAUGCGACAACUCGCCGCCGAAGCCGACGAACGAUGGAAGAGCAUCCCCUCAUUCCUGGAUAACCCUCGAACAGCGGCCGCACCACAGCUAGAGACGGAACCGAUUUCGCCAACGGGUGGGAAACCAGAGGAGGAAGUCACUGGGGAGAAGAAGAAGGAUGCAUAUUCGUUCAAGCCUAAGAAGGCUCGAAAGGAGAAUCCGUUUGAUAAGGCUUUGCCGAAGGGAAAUGCGGGUGAGAAUUGGCAGCCAGAGGGGUGGACGCCUGGAGUUGCGCCGCGCAGGGGUGGAGGUUGA